AUGGGCGAGGAGCAACUGGCGAAGGCCGGCCUUUUCGUGGACGAUUACAAUAAACUACGUCUUGUUGAUCCAGGUAAUACACUUUUUCAAUGGUUUAAUCUUUUCGCCGUUUUUAGAUGUGGCGGAACUUUUGCAAAGCGCUCAAGAGAAGUCAUCUGAGUUUAAUGCCCAGUUAAACAAUUUCCAGACGACUACUGGAGGGCUCAUUAACAGCAUCGAAGAGGUUUGUGCCAAUGCACCGCUAAGUACCAAUUACCUUGUUCAGUUUGCUGCGGUCGUCGAAACUGAAAAGAUCCGUGCGAUGAUGGUGCGGAACACUCAGGAACGAGACGUUCCCGAAGACGAUCCUGUGCUUCUGCAGAUGACAAUUCGAGAGUUGACGGUUGAAAAAGAGAGACUGAGAGUGGAGUUGGAGGCAGUGCGCAAAAUAGAAAAGGAGCAGGAAGAGUACAUUCAGAUGAUGACUGAGCAUUAA